CACAGUAUUUCACCGUUUCCAAGGAUCAUCGUCAUCCCGUCGUUUCCAUUUCCAUUUCUUCUAUCCCCCCACUAUUUUCAGCGAGUUCGAGAAGAGAAUUCUCCGUACCAAACAAGAUUGAAGAUUUUCUCGACCUAGAUUGAGAAAAGCAAACAACUUUCCUGAAUUUCGUUGAAAAAAAAAAAUGGAAACCUUGUCGAAUCAAACAGAGUUCGAUUAUUUGUUCAAGCUGUUGAUGAUCGGCGAUUCAGGCGUCGGCAAGAGCAGUCUCCUCCUCAGCUUCACCUCCGACACCUUCGAAGAUCUCUCCCCCACCAUCGGUGUUGAUUUUAAGGUUAAAUACGUUAACGUUGGAGGGAAAAAGCUGAAGCUUGCGAUUUGGGAUACAGCUGGUCAGGAGCGAUUUAGAACAUUGACCAGUUCGUACUACAGAGGUGCACAAGGCAUCAUUAUGGUUUAUGAUGUAACACGUCGAGAAACGUUUACGAACCUCUCUGAAAUAUGGGCCAAGGAAAUAGAACUCUACUCAACAAAUCAAGACUGCAUCAAGAUGCUCGUUGGCAACAAAUUAGAUAAGGAAAGCGACAGGGUUGUGACAAAGAAAGAGGGUAUAAACUUUGCUCGAGAAUGUGGAUGCCUCUUUAUUGAGUGCAGUGCUAAAACUCGAGUUAACGUACAACAGUGCUUCGAAGAGCUUGUUUUAAAGAUUUUGGAUACUCCAAGCCUCUUAGCUGAGGGUUCUAGAGGGAUUAAGAAGAAUAUCUUCAAAGAGAGACCGCCACAAUCUGAUGCAGCCACAAGCAGUUGUUGCUGAUGGCUGAUGCUGAUCUUCAUGUCAAAAUUCUGGGAUUAUGGAUAUCUAACCUGGUUUUGGUUUCUGUCCAAAUUAUUUGAAGAAAUUAUUUUCAGUUUCAACUACACUUCUGUUUCACAGGAAUUGCAAAUUGCCCGUGCAUUGGCGAAAUGCGAUUUCAGAUCAUUUCCUGGCCUCUAAGAAAAGCUGACAAAUGAAAGUAAAGUUAAAGAUGAUUUGGAAUGCGAUUUGUAUAGUAUGAAAUUGCUUAUGGUAUUUCAAUGUGAGCCUUCAUGCUUUAAUUUAUCAUUGCUGGUUAAAGCAUGGGAAAAAAGCUGCUUCUUUCAUAAUAUAAUUACAUAUGUAAUGCCAUUCCUUUCAUAAUGUCUUAACAAUUGUUCUUUUAGUCCCUUUGCUCUUAAUAACUGUCAGAAUAAUUCACUCAUUCUUGAUCGUGAUUAGUCAUUUUCUGAUUUUUUUU